AUGCCUAUAGACUUCAAAAGCUUCAAGAUAUUUGCGAUUUUAGUGAUGGAGAUAAUUACGAAUAGCUUCAAAGAUCUACCAUUCUUCUUCUUAAUCUUCGUCUUCGUCUACCUUCUCGGUUACUUGUUCGUUUUCCGGAGAUGGAGCCCAGAGUCUCGUCCCUUAGCCUCCAGCUGCUUAAUCUCCCUCCUCCACGGCGUCUCCGCCGUUUUUCUCGCCAACUACGUUAUUAUCUCCGAUCCUAACCGCGGAUUCGCCUCCCGCAACACCCAAUCCCAAAACGUCGUUCUCGAUUUCAGCUCCGCUUAUUUCUUCGCCGAUCUCCUCCACCUCGCCGCGUUUCCAUCACCCGCCGGCGGAGACGCGCUCUUCGCCGCCCACCACGCCGCCGUGCUCUUCGUCUUCCUCACCUGCCGCUACCUCGUCGCUCACGGCGCAUGCGCGCUCCUCGCGCUCCUCGUCAUCGCCGAGGCAACCAGCGCGUGCCAGAACUCGUGGACACUCGCGGCUGCGCGUGGUCCGGACGCGCCUGUGGCGGUUAGACUGCACCGUUUCGUGACGCUGCCAUUUUACGCGUCGUACAGCGUCUGCAGGUGCGUUCUGGCGCCGCUGUAUAUCGUUAAGAUGACGUGGUUUUACGUCAGUGGAGGCGCGGGUGACGUCAUACCAAGAUGGGUUUGGAUGUCGUGGACCGUCGUCAUUGUCAUCGCCGCUACCGUUAGUAUUUUAUGGAUUUGGAAUUUAUGGGCUCUGUUUUUUCAGGAAAGAUAUUCGAAAAUUGCCAAAAAGGUUAAAUAA